UUGCCGAAAGCUAUUUGAAUAAUAUUUUGGUUAAUGUUGUUCUGUUGACGUGAAUACUCGUUGCAUGGGUAAAAUGAAUUGACUAGAAGGAUAACUCUUUGGUGUAAAGCGCCUGUUUCUUUGAACCAUGCAUCAGUAAUUUACAAAAGACGAAUUUGAACAUGGCAUUAUCUAUGACAGGUUUCCAUAUAACAGUAAUUCAAAUCUCGUAAGAAAAUCAGUUUUUAAUUGAAAUCAAAACAAAACUUUAAAUAAAACGUUUUUCUUUAUAUUGUCAUCUAUCAAUAAAACUUAUACUGUAAAAUAUUGUUUUGCAUUAAAAACGAAAGUGCCUUGUGUCAAUACGCUUUGGAAGCUCAAUCAGUCACGGGUAUAUCGGGUUUUGUUUCAUCAUAGGGUAAUUGAAUAGUUUCAAUCGAAGCAAACUGUACAGGUAUGGUUUAUGAGGUAACAACAAGUUGAUUGAGUCAAACAAACCAAUUGCGUCUCGGUAGGGGAUGUCAUUGUAACGUUCUAUUUUUGCUUAUACGAGAUAGUUGCAUAAACUUCCUAAAAUGCCUUUCAGGGUGACAAUUGUUGCUUUGACUUUGGUUCUUAAAGUUGCAGUUGUGAGAAGUGGCAGCUUUUUUAUGCUUGAACAAGAAGAAAGUGAAUAUGAGACAACCAGCAUCAUGAUCGGACACUUUCAAUGCGAUCGUGAUAAAAGCUGUUCACAGGUUCGAUACAACAAAGAAGCAAAACAGUUUAAGCUUACCAAAUUUGGGGACAAAAGUAGCAAGACAGACGAAGAAAAUGAAAUGAUCUGGAAAAAAGAGACCUUCGGUUCAUGCGAAGAGGCUUUGCAACCGGGCUCUAGUACUAGUGUUUACUGGAUAAAACACAAUAACAUGCUUGCACCGAUCAAAGUCAGAUGUGAAAGAGAUCAAGGAAAGACGUUUGCAGUGUUUGAUCAUGACAGUGAAGAGAGAAUACAAGUCAAAGGCUUUGAAACUCCUGGUUCAUAUAAGCGGGUAAUCAACUACGGAUCCCCAAUUAAAGACAUCGUCGAAUUUAUUACUUCAUCAGUCGCCUGCAAACAAUUCACUAGAAUUGACUGUCGUUAUAUGGGAUUGACUUUCGCUGGUGAGGAAAACCCGUUUUACGGAUAUCUUGUCGACAGAAACGGAACUCGAAUGGAAUACCUUGCAGGCGGUCCAAAGGAUGGACAAGGCUGCAGCUGUGGAAUAACUAACUCAUGCGCACUGAGUAGUGAACAAUGUAAUUGUGACGCGAAUGAUUCUGCAUGGCGUUUCGACGAGGGUUACGUCACGGAGAAGAAAAGACUUCCGUUAACUGAAGUAAGGCUUGGAGACACUGGCGAUUCCGGCGAGGAAGGAGCACAUACGAUUGGAAAACUGUACUGUGAAGAAUAACAUGGAAUGAACAGAUUUUGCAGCUGUGAUGCUUAUGAUGUAAUUUGACUGUUCGACAUGCACAUUUUAUCUGUGAAGACCUCUAAAACAGGAACUGUACUUUUGAAACAACUCCGUGAAGAAGAUAGACCAUGCUAAUAGCAAACUUCGGUUAAUUCAAUUCAAUUGAGCAAUUUAAUUCAAUCAAACUUGUCUAUAAGACUUUGAACGUAAAUUACUUUAAAUGCACUCUCAUAAUGGAUAUACCUUCUUUCUUGGCGAGUCAACCAUUUUGCAUCACUUGGUAAUGCCAUGCCGAUUUUUAAAAGUAGCUCGUAGAUUCUUUAAAACUAUUUCGUUAUCCUAAAAAAUGUUCUUGCUGUGGUUUGUAGCUUAAAACGAAGAAAAGGGUUUCCUUAACAUUGAAUCCACACAAUGUUAUAGGGGAUAGUUGUAUCACCUGGUAUAAGAGUUUACCAAGAAUAAAUUUCUGCCUAAGGAACAUGUAAAGCGAUCUUAUUAUUCGUAAAUGUGUAGAUGCAAGAGAUAAAUAAAAGAAAGCGUUAGUAUUGCAGAGUCAACUUUUGUUAUUCUGUGUUGGCAUUCCUCUGAUGAAACAUGUAACAAAUCGUCUCUCCGUCAGGGACGUCGCCAGAAGGGGGUGUGGGGCGCUUUACCCCUGCGCUUUGCCCGUGGGCACAAAAAGGAUAGUUGACAGGCAAAGAAAGAAACUUCUCUUCUAAACCUGUAGUUUAAUUACAACCUUUCGGUAACAAUCGUAAUGUAUCAACAUUCCUGUAGCAGCUGAUGUAUUUGACUAACAACACUUGAAAUUGAAUUUUCGAAUACUGAAAUAGAGACGGAUUUAGACAGCAGAUAAAAGAAUUUAAUUUAUGACCACAUCCAAGAAAGCGAGACACCCCCUUUUGUCACCAAAAGUCACUACUGUACCCUCCUCCCCCUCAAAAAAAUUGUUCGGCUUCGCCCAUGCUCUUUUUGUGUAAACUUAUUGUUAUCUUUAAAAACUAUCAUUGCUAAUGCAAGCAGGCAUGAGUAUUACUUGCAUUUUCUUUGACACAAAGAAACAAAAGCAGGACAGCUAAACAUCAAGCUCUGUAUAGAGAUUUUUAUAUUAUAUUGAGACGAGAAGAAGUGAGAGAACUACAAUGCCUGCCAGAAAGUUUGGAAGACUGACGUUAGUUUUCAUGGUUAAAUUCAACCAUCCCCCUCUCUUUCUAGCAAUAACCCCAGUUUACCACAAAAUAGCGAUGUACAUUAGAAGCUAAAGAUUAAUAUUCUUUGUUUGAUAUUUGUAGCAGUAUCAACAUUGCUAUAAGGAGAGAAGGGGCGUAACUAUUUUGCGAAAAAUGAAAGCUUUAGAUUACAACGCAAUUUGCUUGGUGUUUAAAGUAUUUUUGGCAGGUAUUGUUGCUGAAAUCAUGCUAGAAACUAUUUAUAUUAUCAAACCUAUCAAAGAGGAUAAAAAUAUUAUUAAAUUGCAUAAUCAUACGAUAAAACAGGGCAAAUAGUUUACAAUAAUCUUUCUCUCGUCUUGGUAUGUGACACACAAGUAAACCAAUUUUUUGACCGAAUUUUUAUUUCUGAACUAUUUUCUGUGUUUAAUAUUGAAUGAACAAAGCAGUACUAUAAACUUAUGUAAAUGAACGAACGAACGAGCAAGAUCUUUUUGCUGGAGAUUUUUAAAGAAGAAAUUAGCUUACAACUGAUACAGUUUUUGUUCUUUUUUAACUAUUCUUCAUUCGGCCAGGCUAUUGUACAGAAUGGUUUAAUGACUUUGAAAGUGUUGCUGCAAAAUGCUGACGAUCUUGUCCCGAUAAGCUCAAUGUGAAGUAUACUUUAGGAACGUACCCUCCCUUUCUAAAUGCAAUUGAGUUCCACGCAAUAAAAGAGCGGCCCUAUAGCUUGUGCCGUCGGGGUGUUUAGUUUUCAGCAAAUUCUACUCUAUCAUUAUUUCAAGAACAAUACCAAAAAGAAAACACUACACACGAAAAGAAGCACAGCUCUGUCUACCCUACAACAGAUUGGGCAACAAGAGGCAUCAUUAUUCAGCUGAUAAUUUCGCCAAUUCAAAGUUGUCUUUCAGAGGAACAUGCAGAAAGCCAUUAAAAAAUGCAAAACUGAAAAUUAUUGAAAAGAACACUGGCAAAAUCUGAUCCGUUCCGAAAAACAACGUGCAAUCAACAUAAAUGCAAGGUAUGCCAGUUAAAAUCAGGUAUUAACUAUAAGAGUUGCGGCGCUGCCUACCAAAAGAAAUGUCAAGGGUGUACCAAACAAAGAAACAAUUACGGGAUAUAUAUAGGCGAAACAACGAGAAGCAUAGGAGAAAGAAUAAACAAACAUUUAACAAAGUACAACACAGGCGACAAACCCUCAAUUUUCCAUAAGCACGUAGAACAAAAACACCACUGUAAGAGACAAAAAGGAACAAUUAAAAAUACUUUCUUCUUGUGGCAACUUUGCGAUGCUUAGGCAGGUAACAUAGGCCGUAUUUAUGAAAGAACUAAACCCGGGAAUAAACAGCAAGGAGAAAUUGGGAAGUUCAAUUGAGCUGCGCGACAAAUGUGUCAAAUUCGACGCAACAAAUCUAUUGAGCCUAAAGCCAACAAACUUUAGAAGAACGCAAGAAUCAAACACAAUUUAUACUGAAGAGACUACCGGCGGUCAGAAAAACCUCUAAAUACAAUAUUAUGAUCAUGUAGGUGCGUUUUUAAGUAUGGUUUCUCUCUAAACGCAAUGAAGGAACCAAGUUCCAGAAAUAUAAUUUAGCAUAUAACACACGGGAUCUCGUCCAAAAUGCCAAUGAACGAAAACAAAUAAUACCUUGGUUUUGAACAAGUAUAAUGGGUAUUGAAUCAAAUAUUCACGAAUCAAACUAAAGCAUUAUUUUCCUGACCAAA